CUCGUCAGCAUUGCGUUGCUAAUGUCAUCUUCCAAAGCCUAAUCAUCUGGCGCAGAUGCUCAGUCUGGACGCCGUCCAAUAUUUGUGCCUGCAGCUGUUCUCUAGUCCUGUGUUUCAACAGCUCUUCCCAUUCGUGGUCCUUUUCCUUAUCCCGGCUCUAAGUUUGACUCUCAGCGCUCAUAGAGCCUCUCUGAACACCGUUUACUUCAUGGUCUUGGAUGCGUUAUCCGCUGUUCUUCCCUGGAACUGGUUUGACGGACACCCAGGCUCAAGCUCUAGCCUGGAGAGAAGGAAGUCCAAAAAGAAGCAUGUCCGUACUAGGGCUGAACAAUCAGGGCAAGAGGUACAUAAGCUCGAACCUCUGUCAAACAAUGGUCAUAAUGAUGGUUAUUACCCUGGUCUGGUCAACAUCUCAGGGACGUACUGCUUCAUGGACUCCACAUUACAGGCCAUGGCAUCACUAUGCUACCUUCAACCCGAGAUUGAGGAGAUUUACGCCAAAGCCGUAGCGCUUGAUGUUCCGACGCCAGUCAUAGAUGCGCUUCGGGAUCUUCUGCGUGAGCUAAACACCCCUGCCCCCUCGUCUCGAGCGCUCCGACCCAUCGAGAUCAUCAAUGCUCUAUCCACUCAAUCGGCUUCUAAACAUAACAGUCUAUUCUCUUCACGUGAACAUCAGGAUGCGCAGGAGCUCUUUCAGCUUCUCUCAGAAUGCAUCAAGAACGAGGCGGCAGCUGUGAACAGAGAAUUUCACCGCGACCGCGGCCUUGGAGGGUUCAGCCAAGCCGGGGGUCCUGCAAGUCGGGAGAUAGGGAAGAGUGUUUUUGACGGUCUGACGGCGAAUAGGCGCAGCUGUGUCGAGUGUGGCUACACCGAGGCUGUCAUGCAUUUCGCUUUCGACAACUGGCAGCUAGCUGUUCCCCGACUGGCGACACAGUGCCGCUUGGAAGAUUGUCUUGACGAGUACACUCGGAUAGAAGUUCUCACAGACUGCAUCUGUCGGAAGUGCUCUAUGCUUGCAACCUGCAAAAAACUGGAGCAGGAAGCGGAGAGGCUCUCGGAAGCCCGGAAAGCAGACCCAGAGGCUUCUUCAUCGAAGAAGAAACGUGUACGGGACGCUCAAAAGCUGCUAGCUCGCAUGAAAGCCGCACUUGAUGAUGGCCGGAUUGAAGAGGACAUCAAGGGCGUCAAGAUGGAGAAAGUCUUCAGUAGGGGCUCCACCAAGCAAGCUAUGAUUGCUCGACCGCCACGCGUGCUUGUUCUGCAUCUCAACCGCUCCAUGCACUAUGGCCAUUACGCAACCAAAAACACUUGCCGAGUAGCGUUUCCCGAGAUUCUAGAUCUUACACCAUAUACUACGUCUGGUCAGCUCAAUCUGAAACCAUCGGAUCCCAUCUCCAGACCAGUUCCGCCUAUCCCCCGCAGCACGACCCCGACACCCGCCACAUAUGCGAUACCACGAACUCUCUACCGCCUCGCUGCUGUUGUCUGCCACUAUGGCGAUCAUUCUUUCGGACACUACAUCUGCUAUCGUCGCAAGCCACGUCCGCCAUCCGUCGGUGCACGGCGGUUCGCUCCUCCGAAACUUGCGUGCCUUCUUGGUUGCGAAUGCGAACGAUGUGAGCGCUAUGGACCCAUCCGUGACGACGAAGACCCGCCUCCGCGACCCGGCCGCGGAUGGUUGCGUAUCAGCGAUGAUAGCGUUCGGGAGGUCGGGCUCGAGACUGUACUACUGGAGGGUUCUGGCGUGUUCAUGUUGUUCUACGAGCGCGUCAUGAUGCCACGGUCGAGUGUUUACAUGUUGGGCUCUUCUUGCAGCUCAGAGGAGACUGUUCGACCUGAGGAUGUGCACGCGAACGGCUCGUGUGCUUCCCUUCCCGACGGAGGUGGAGUACCGAAGCUCAUGCAGCCCAUACCAAGGAUCAUCGGUCCCAGGAUAGUCCAUAGCGUUUCGGCGCACUCACCGCGGAGCUUAUCCUUGUCGCCACCAGAACCUGGUCUUGUGAGCAGUCGGUCAGAGCCGGUCGAUCCGCAGAAGGCCAGCGAAAAGCCUUUGCAGAAUGGCCAUGCUCCAGGUUCUGGUCAUCACCAUGAGCCAUCAGUGCAAAUAAACUCCACGUCCCCUCCAGAUGCCUCCUCGAUGCCAUCGGACAGUAGUAUUGCCACCUCAGUACGCCUCUCAUCCUCGCCUCCCCACGCAUCAUCGCCUACGCCGACAUCCUACCCCUCUAGACCGACAUCGCAUCUCCUACCUCCAAGAUCCAUGUCGUCGCCGGCGGAUCUGCCGCCAUCACCCUCCAGGACGGUCGACUUGCGCGCAUAACAUAACAUAGCCCGCCCUGCGAACCACCUCUCUCACCGCUCAUUCUGUAUCUUUAGACACCUUGCUAUAGCCAUCCCCCCUGUGCCACCGUGUUGUCGUCGUUGUACGAUUUACCUAUACAUCAUUUAUGUUGGGC